AUGGCAGACCCUGUGCUGGAUCAGAUGACCAGACUGAAACUGAGGCUGCUGGAAAAGAGACUGGAGAACGAGAGGGAGAAUCUUGAUGACAGAGCAGGAACAGCACUCUCCACAAGGAGUGUUGAUGGUCUUGAAGACGCAUUGCACAGUGCACUGAGAAGAAAACGGGACCUGCUUCAAAGACUGAGGGACCAGCAGUUACUGGAGGACAGCGGGCGGCCGCACACUUGGGGCGGGACCCACAGGCGGAAUCGACAGGACACCCGGCCUGUUCCACAGCCCAUUCACAUCUACCAGCCUGCCCCUCUGCCCACCACACUACCCGCACCCCUACCCCCACUGCCAGCGCCCGCACCCGCACCCCCUCGCAUCAUUCAGCACACGAUGCCGCAACAGCCAGCAACAAUAAUCCAACAGCUCCCUCAACAGCAGCCACUCAUAGCACAGAUCCCACCUCCACAGCCUUUGCAACCAGCCAAAUCAGGGAGCAUUAAAGAGGACAUGGUUGAGCUGAUGCUCAUGCAGAAUGCUCAAAUGCAUCAGAUCAUUAUGCACAAUAUGAUGCUGAAGGCCAUUCCCCCCAUGGCACUUUCACCUCCAGGGGGCGCUAGUCAGCCUAACUCCACUCUCCAUCCCGCUACUGCUCAAGGCCAGGGAAAUUACUCGGGAGCACCCAUGACUCUGUAUUCAGGCAAGCCCAGAGCGAGUUCUGUCCAUCAUCACCACCACUAUGGUUCUGCUGGGCCACAGCUCCCUCCCAUUGGCUAUCAAGGGUGGCCUCCCAUGAUGUCAACAGUCUCUCCUGGGCCAGCAGGAGCCUAUCAUUCGACAGUGCAGCAUGCACCCGGACCCAUCACACUCCCACCACUAAAUGUGGUAGCUAUGGACGGGUAUAACCAAAGGAUCCCACUGGGUCUGUAAGACAAAAGUGCUGAAGAUAUCCGGAGAAGAGAGAAAUAACUCAACCGACAGUUAUUUACACAUUCCUGUAUUUGCCUUUAUAGAAUAGAAUAUACAGCAAUACAUUCAAAUAAAAAUAUAUUGUCAAGACCAUAUAGCAUGCAGCACAAAAUAUGAUUUACGAACACAUUGCUGAGAAAUUCUGUAUGUAAAUAAUUGCAUAUUAUCAUUGUUUGCCCCCCCCCAAAAAAAAAGUGAAGGAAGGUUUUGGUCCGACAGACCCGUCAAAUUGGCCAGUCAUAUUCACUUACAAAAUUAUCACAAUAUUAUUGCAAUAUUGCUAUCCAAUUAAUUAGCUGCAAAAGAUUUUUAAGUGUGAAUAUGACUGGUCCUUUUUGACUGUUCUGUUGGGCCAAAAUCUGUUUUAACUCCUGGUUAAAGGAACAGCUGCUUUUAAUUAUUUGAGGAUCACUUUCUGCAGGAAAGCAAACAAACAAACAGAGUAGAUUUCCUGAAUUGAAGCAAUUGUGUCAAAUAGAUUCUACAAUGGAUAAUUUAAAUUACAAGAUGUUUUCUAAUACUCUCACUUAAUAUAUGACAGCAUCAAACAAGCUGACCAUGUUUGAAAUAUUAAUGAUGAUGAAAGUAAUUGUGUUUUCUGGUGCCAAAUGCAGUGUGUAAUUCAUUUGAUUCAU